AUGUCGCACAACCACGCGCACGGAAGCUGUGGUGAUGAGAGUCACGACCACGACCACGACCACGAUAUUCCUGAGACGCAGGGUCAUCGAGACAAUUUGUUCUCUCGCAUCAACCGCGACCAUGUCGUUGCUCUGAAUGCAGCAUCUCCGGGAAAGGGUCCUGAGGUCAUUAAACCAUGGAACGAGAGGUUGGACGAAGAAACAUAUAUUGAGUCCGACGCAGAUGAUCAGAUGAUAAUACGCGUUCCCUUCACCGGAUCGGUCAAAUUGCGCGCUUUGCUACUCAAAGCAGGACCUGCCGAUCAGACUCCUGCUAGAGUCGCCUUGUACAGCAACUUUGAACAUGCUGAUUUCUCUGCACUUUCUGACCGCAAACCGACCCAAGAGUUUAGUAUCGCCCAAGGCAGGCAGGUUGGCGAGUACCACGUAAUGCCCGCAAAAUUCCCUACCGUCACGUCGGUAACGCUUUUCUUCCCUGAGUCACAAGGAGCAGACAGCACCCGAAUCUACUACGUCGGGUUUUUGGGACAGUGGAGCGAGCGCAAGAACGAAGCUGUUGUCACGGUCUACGAGGCUCAACCCAACCUCGCCGACCAUGAGAAAAUUCAGGGCAUGGACGCAAACUUCAGCCUACCGUAA